AUGUUGUCAAGGGAAAACUCCUCUCCAACUAUCCUGCAGCAUGUCGAAGCUGCUUUAUAUGUACUUAAUCAAUUGUGCAUUGGCUUCGUUACCAUCUGGGUCAGCUGGACAUGCCUGAGAACGGGUCUGAAUGGCAUCCGUUUGCAUGCCUGGCUAACAACCUUUGGCUUUGUCUUCCUUAUGGCCGAGGGCAUGAUGUGCUUCUAUGACAAUAGUUUCCUCACAAUGCGCUACAGUCGCAAAAACAAAACGGCCAUCCAUGUGAUAUUGCAAAUUUUCGGUGGCGGCAUGGGUGUGGCCGGAUGUUUAAUACAAUUGAUAAGUGACAAUUGGGCCAUUAGUGUUACCACCCAUGCCAGUCUGGGUUUUGCAGCAUUCAUACUUUGUUUGGUCUCUCUACUCAGUGGUUUGGCCUCCGUAUUGGCGCGUGCAAUGUCCAAAAUGGUUACGCCAUUGAUUAACAAAACCGUCCAUGUGAUCCUUAGUUUUGCCACAUUCGUUAUUGCAAUGUUGGCCCAAUACUAUGGCUACGGACAGACGGGCAUAUUCAUUGGACAAGGCAGUGAUUUUGUUAUCCUGAUUCGAGUUGCCACCUUAGUGGCCAUGGUCCUGACUUCCAUUGGAGCCAUGAAGUCAUUAUAUCAAAAAUUUAAAAGUCUUCUUAGUUAAGAUUUUGUGUGCUUAAAUUUUUAUUUAAUGUUGAAGGAAAACAGCC